AUGUUGAAACAAAAGAAAAUUUAAAAUAAAAAUAUAAUUUUAAAAGAAAUGAUGUUUGCUGAGGGUAAAACAAUUUAAGUUGAAAACGUUACAGUAAUUAAAAGAAGAAAGAUUGGAAGAGGGAAUUAGGGUAACAUCAUAAAAAUAAUUUAAUGCAGGUUUUUAACGGAAAAAAAUUUGAACAUAUUUUUGAACUAUUUUCUUUUGAUGAAUGUAAAACAAUAAUGGAAUUUGAAGAAUGCAUUAGAAUCUUCCUGACAUAAGAAAGACUUGCUAGCCAGUAAAUAAUUCCAAAAAUUUUAGAUGGCUAAAGGUGUUUCAUAAUUACAUAAAUUAGGAUUUUACCAUCAAAAUAUGAAUCCAAAUAAUUUUAUCAUUGGAUAAAAUCAAAUUGAUAGGCUUUUUCAUGUGCGAAAAAACAAUAAGGAACUACAUACACAAAAAGUAGGAACAUAAAUUUAUAAGGCACCAGAAGUUUUUGUCAAUGAAAAUUAUGAUC